CAGAUUUUUUCAAAUUUUUGAGUUUUUUUAUUGUCUUUAAGAUUUUAUGGUUUUAUUUCGAAUUUUCCCGGGGCUUCUUUGAUUUUUUUCACGUUCCAUUCUUUAUUUGAAUUCUUGUAGAUUCUAUUUCCCAAUAUUUCGACGAUUUUCGUCGAAUUUUUAUGUUUCUUUUUGAGCUUAAAUUUUUGUGAAGUUUCCGAAAUUUUAUUGUAAAUUUUCGUGAGAUUUUUUUUUCAAUUUUUUCUGUGUUUUUUUCUAAUUUUAGUGCUUUUUACUCAAAUUUUUUCGCAGGAUUUUUUCUACCUUUCAUCGAAUUUUUAUUCUGGAAUUGUCGUGAUUUUUUUCAACUUUUUAGAUUUUAACAGGUUGAAUUUUGCUCUUGAAUUUUAUUCAUAGGGACUUAUGAUUUUGAGUUUGGUACAUAUUUUAGAGUAAGUUGGAAUUUUCUGGCAGUUUUGAUUGGAAUGAAAUGUCCUUCUUUUGGCAAAUUUCUAGUACCUAUGGUUUUUGAUAAUUUUUGAUUUUUCCAACUUACACAAAUUCUUUUCAACCAUUCCCAUCCCACAUUUCCCAACCUUCUCUAAUUCACCUAAUUUAUCCCAAAAAUUCCCAAAUUUCCGCUCACAUUUUUCAGUCAAGAGAAAGAACCCCCUCCCCCCACCGUCCGGCACACCUCUGCCUCUCAAGACUAAAAAAAGUUGAUUUUAGAGCUACUUUUCGACUUCUUUUUUCAAGAACUUUACAACAAUCUGCUGCUCUUCUGCCAAAUGACGUAAAGGGUCCGAAUUUGCAACGUUCAAAAGGACAUUUCAUACAUAGAUUUUUCUGAGUCGAGAUGAUUCAUUUUUUAUAAAAUUUUGCUAUUUUAUGAUUGAAAAAGUAACCAUUAACACUGAAAUACCAGCUAUACACGAGCCCACUUCUUUUUUCUAUACUCGUACCAAGCUCUACGUGGCAAUACAAUAAAAGAGAAAUCAAAUUGCGUUAUUUUUUCCAACGUGGACCUACACAAUUCUAUGUACUACUUCUCAAACUUGUGUAAAAUCUCGAGAAUUUAUUCUUCGCUCGACCUGGCAACACUUCUUUUCAUUGCGCUUCCUACCUGGUAUACUUGUAUCCGUUUUUCGAGAGAGUCAGACACACUGGGAACUCUCAGUUCCGCGCAGGUCGUGCGGUCAUCGCAUUUAUUCGCGUUAGCGUCGUAUAGCAUUUUACACUUUCGCGUUUUUAUUUUCGCUUCAAUUUUUUGUUUGUUUUUUUUUCCUCCUCUCUAUUAAUACCAUUUUUUAUUAUUUUUUCGAUCGAAUAAAUUUUCGUAACCUUAUUUCGUCUUUAUUUAGUACGUCGGUACCAGUAUAGUUUCUACUUUCAAUCUUCGCUACGAAAAAUAUUGUCGUAGGUACUCGUACGUACGUAUACAUAUAAGCAUAGGCAUUACCUACAUACGUAAAUAACCAAAAAAUGAAACGAAUUUUAGAGGGAAAAAAAUUCGGAUUUUCAUCUCGUUCACGAUGAUGGCGAAUUAAUCGAAUAUAAUAAAUGAUAAGAAAAACGAUGAGAGUAGAAUUUGGACCGCGUUCCAUGUAUCUCGUAUAUGCAGCAGCAAACGUUGUCUUCUUAUGUGGCGGAGAGAACUAGUCGUAGUCGUCGAUCAAUAACCUCGGUGCAAGUACACUGAUCUGUAUCUGUAUCAGUAUCAGUAUCAAGUUUACGUUUACGCCACCGUAUGUAUGUGUUCUGCGCGCUUAUGUGUAGUGUAGUGAAGUGAAGUGGUGUCCAGUGUAUUAGCUCUGUGCGCGAUUUACGAUUUAGUUACUCAUCUUUGUAGUACAUACAUACGUAUAUUUAUUGCGGUAGUUUCGAAUUUGGAAUUUGAAUUUUCGCGGGUUCGUUGAGACGAGAAAAUUGUCGCUGUCGGAUUUGCGCCCAAGUGUUUACGUUACGUAUUGUUGUGUGUUCGCGUAUAUGCAUAUUAUACGUCGUCUUAUUGCUGCCGCCACUACUGAUGUUGCCGCCGCUGUCGCCGAUGGCGUCCAAAGUCCCGUUUCGCGUUCAUCGUGAUAAAUAUAGCACGUUUGUCAUCGACUCUCAUCCUAUCAUCUAUCGCUGGUUUCCGAAUUUUAGAUUGGAAAAAAUGCGACAGCUGCCAGGCGAAUCACCUGCGCAAUUGAAUCACUAAACUCAGCGAUAGAAUAAAAAUGCCGACCAAAACUUCGAAUCAAGCGUUAUAUCCUACGUAAAACGCAACGAUGGCGCGAUGGUAAUUCGAUAAUUUGUUGUCGACAUUGCGUCCAGAGUUGUGUUUACCUGCGAUCGCCUGCCUCUGCCUGUCUGCCUUCUUAGCAUCUGUAGAGCUCUAGAGAGUCACUCUAUAUCUACACCUAUAUAGCGAGUAGAUAUACCUAGUUAGCCAGUGGCGAGUACUUUUGCACGGGUAUCUGCACCUCCACCUACCCAAUAGCCACAGUAUCGACCGGCGCCGCGUAACGGAUUUUGAUCGGAUUGCUUGCGGCUGCGGUCGAGGUAUGCUGAAUCAAAUUGGAAAUCGGAACGGUAAUCGGAUGCGAGUGACGGCGGCAGUCGCCCAGGCGUUCAUUAUCAUAGCAGCGUUGCUGUUGGACCAUGGCACCGCGUCCAAAAAGUUGACCCGUUGCGCGGCCGAAGAACUGAAAUUCUGUCUCUGCGAUAAUCUUACCCAUGUCACUGAAAUUUAUUGCCGUGGUGUCGGGCUGACCGGCGUACCUAGCAGCCUGCCUUCUUCUCUUAUUAUAUUAGAUCUCGCCAGCAACAAUAUCACACAAUUGUAUCGAGAUUCUUUCGCAAAUCUCAUCAAUUUGGAAGAAUUAUUCUUAAAUGAAAACGUCCUGAUCGAAAUACAUUCGGAUACUUUCGCAAAUAAUAUCAAAUUGAAACGACUAUCGUUGAAAAAUUGCGGAAUUAAAAACGUGAGCAAACUUCCCCUCAAUGGGUUGGUCCAGUUGACAAUAUUGGAACUGGAUCAAAAUAAAAUAGAAAAAGUGUCAGAGUCGGAUUUUGAAAAAGUAGCUCAAAUUCGUGAUUUAAGUCUAGAUGGCAACCAUUUCACAUCAGUUCCAACAAACGCACUGAAUGCAUUGAAAUCACUCAAAACGCUAAGUAUCGGUUCUAAUCAACUGUCAUCUAUACCUUCGAACGCCUUUCCAAAAUUGCCUAAUUUAACCAUGUUAUUACUGAAACGGAAUCAUAUAAAUGCUAUUGACGAGGACGCGUUUGUAAAUUUGACGUCUAUAAAAGUGCUAGAAUUGGGUGAAAAUGCAUUGCAAGAAAUACCAAUAGCUGUUACAAAACUGGCAUCCCUAGAAAAAUUAUCGGUUUCGGGAAACAGGAUAACGUACAUACCGGAGGGAAUUUUGCAAAAAUCUCAAAACUUGACGCUUCUAGAACUGAAAGGAAAUCCAUUGAAAGAUGUCGAUCCGUUCGCAUUUUCAAAUUUGCCUCAACUGAAAACACUAAUUAUAUCCGAGGCAAGGGAACUGAAGGAAUUUCCCAGCUUGAACGGGACAUCGGCGCUGGAAUAUUUGAGAUUAGACCGAGCUAGUAUAUUUACAGUACCAUCCACUCUUUGCAGAACAUGUCCAAAAUUGAAAAGCUUGGACCUGAAGUUCAAUAAAUUAGGCCGAAUACCGAAUAUCUCCGAGUGCAAAGACCUGCGAGUAUUAGACAUGGGCAACAAUUACAUCGGAUCUUUGGACGGACAAUUAUUCAGUGAAUUAUCCAAUAUGUUCGAUCUAAUACUACCAAAUAAUUUAAUCACCGAAAUUCCCGAAGAUGCUUUCAAAGGACUGAAGAAGUUAAAAGUUUUGAAUUUAGAAGAGAAUCUCAUCGAAUAUAUCCACCCGAAAGCAUUUACUUCCAUUAAUAAUUUGGAGGAUUUAAAUUUAGGCGAAAACGUAUUUUCCGAGCUGCCGGUAAAAGGUCUUCGAGGAUUACUGCAACUGAAAACGUUCAAUAACGCGAAUUUGAGAGAUUUUCCGGCGCCUGAAAAUUUUCCACUCAUACAGGAUCUAGUCCUAUCGUACGCGUAUCAUUGUUGCGCGUUUUUAGCCAGAGAUCCACCUCCACCUCCACCACAUGGACUAAGCGACCGAGUCAUACCUGCAAAAGAUAUUAACGGCGUCGAUAUGAGUAUAUGGUAUUCUAAUAGUUCAAAGGAUGUUUGGCCGCAACGUGACAAUACGAGCAUGAAAUAUGGCACUCAAACGAACGAACUGUUUGAAAACUACAAGGAUACUUCGUACCCGGGAAAUAUGGAAGAAUACGAAGAACAACAAGAAAAAUACGUGGAUAGUUCGGACAUCACUUUGCUAAUGGCAGCAGGCGGUCGGAUUCGAUGCUUGCCUACGCCAGGUCCAUUUCUUCCUUGUCAAGAUUUAUUCGAUUGGUGGACGCUGAGAUGCGGAGUUUGGGUUAUAUUUCUGCUCGCGAUGUUGGGAAACGGUACCGUUGUAUUCGUUCUGAUAUUUUCUCGAAGCAAAUUCGACGUGCCGCGAUUUCUAGUUUGCAAUUUGGCUGCCGCUGAUUUCUUCAUGGGCGUUUAUCUAGGUUUCCUGGCCGUAGUGGACGCUGGCACUUUGGGAGAAUUCCGAAUGUACGCGAUCCGUUGGCAGCGCAGCGGCUGGUGCCAACUUUGCGGCAUCUUCGCCGUAUUCAGCUCCGAAUUGUCGGUGUACACUUUGGCGGUCAUCACGCUGGAGCGAAACUACGCCAUUACUCACGCGAUGCAUCUGAACAAGCGUUUAUCUCUGAAACACGCCAGUUACAUAAUGCUGAUCGGUUGGAGUUUCGCGGUAUUCACUUCUUUGAUGCCUUUAUUCGGCGUCAGUGAUUACCGAAAGUACGCCACCUGUCUGCCUUUCGAAACGACCACCGGUCCUUGGAGCGUCACUUAUGUGGUAUUUCUGAACUUCAUCAAUGGCGUAGCCUUCCUGAUACUGAUGGGCUGCUACCUCAAGAUGUACUGCGCGAUUCGCGGAUCUCAAGCUUGGAACUCGAACGAUUCUCGAAUCGCUAAGCGAAUGGCGCUCUUGGUGUUCACCGAUUUCCUGUGCUGGUCGCCCAUAGCGUUCUUCUCGUUGACCGCCAUCGCAGGAUACCAGUUCGUCACCCUGGAGCAAGCCAAGGUCUUCACUGUGUUCGUGCUGCCAUUGAACUCGUGCUGUAACCCCUUCCUGUACGCCAUACUCACCAAACAGUUCAAGAAAGACUGCGUGCUCAUCUGCAAGGCGAUCGAGGAGUCUCGAGUGACCCGAGGCAUAGGUCGAUGCAGGCACAGCUCGAAUUUCAGCAAUCGCCAAACUCCAGCCAACACCAACAGCCUGGUGGACCGGUCUUCGAGGGACAACUAUGUCCAUGCGCAGCCCUGCACCUGCCAGACCAAGCUGCUGAACGAAAAGCAUCACGCUGCCCUCCGCCAGCAACGUGACUGGAAGGAGUGGCUCGGCCAUAAGCUGCGGGUGUACAUUCUGUGCGAUCGUGACGAGUCGGACGUCCGCCAUAUGAUGCGAUCCGACCAGUACGCCUAUCAGAUCGCUGAGAUACAGCAAAAGCAGCACAAACGUGCCUCUUCCAUGUCAUCCAGCGAGAACUACAGCUCUUCCAGGUCCGAUUCGUGGCGUCAAACUCAUCACCAUUGCGGUAUACCGAUGCGGCUGCUCGAUCCGAAACGCAGAGCUCUGUCUUGGGUCGUCACUCGGAAAACCUCGCAGGAUUCCAAUUUAUCCAGUUCUCGAAACGACAGCUCCGGCUCCGGUAACACCGCCAGCACCAGUUUAUCGAGAAUAUCGCGAUCCAGCGCCGGCGGCGGCGAAAGCAAACAUCAUCAGCAUCACCAGCAGCAGCAACAACAACAGAAGCCAAAGCUGACCAGGCAAUCGGCCAUUGUCGACGAAGCAGAUCUGCUCACAUCUCCGGCUAAGUUGACUGUUCGGUUUCUCGCCACCAUUCCAUCGGCCACCGAAAACAGCGUGUUGCAGGAGGACGAAAAUGGCACCGUUUACGCCAUCUUGCACCCGUCUCCCGAACAAAGUCCGGAUAACAGUCCCAGAUCUUUGUCUCCGUCAUCUCAAGUUCGAUCUUUUUCGCCGAUCGCAGAGAAAAGUAAAAGUAAAUAAUCGACCAAGAUCGAAUUUAUAGAGAAAAUAUUGAAUAACUGUUUUAUCUCUGUCUUCCUCGCAUACCAUGAUACCUGCGGUCAGUAUCGGAGGGUAAUGGUUUUAGUCAAGUUAUCUAUUCCGGGUAUUUUUUUAUAUUAUGUUUUUUUUUCAUAGCUUUAAGUUGUUUUGGCGUUUCGCUCGUUUUCAAUUUUUAAAUUAGGUACACGAUUUGUCCCAAUAUUCUAGCCCAAAUGUAUUACUCGCGUGUUUUUUCCCCAAUUUUUACGACCUAGAUAGGAAAAUAUGUCUACUCGUUCAAAAAAUUGAAACGUCGAAGAACAAAAAUAGUAUGCAGUACUUGCUCUUGUAGGUACUUGUUAUAUUUUGCGAGUAUGAAAUUUGGCGCUAUAGUUUCAAAUUACAUAAUUUUUCACAGACUCUUCAAACGGCCUAAAAACUUGUGAAAAAGAUACUCUCGGCAGCUGUGACGUUUGCUUUUACUACAAUAUUCUAAUUAUUUUGUUUCGUGUGUAAAACUAUGUAGAUGUAUUACUUUAUAGGCCUACGGUAGGUACUUUUUAGUAAAUUGAGUAUAAUUAAGUACGUCCUGGUGUGAAAUUUUCUGACGAAGUUUUGAAAACAAUUAUUAGUUCAGUGUUCGCGUUAAGAACUUAUAUUUCCAAAAUGGCUGAGUCAAUUUUUUUUCUGUUUUUCAUAAAUGAAAUUUUUGCGGAAAAUAGGGUCCAGGAGACAGAUUACACCUUAUAUAUUGCGUGUUCAAAUAAACUGUAUGGUCUUUCAUCAUCCCCGAGUUGUGCACCCUCAACAAAAAUUCAUACUUCCGUACCCGACAAUACAAUACAUACCUAAGUACUAUACUUAAAUUAUUUUUUAAAUGCUGCUGGUUUUUGCUGUUUUUAUAAGAUUUCGAGUACAACCCCCGGCUUGUUUUGGGAUACGAAUACCGAAGUUGAAAUUGCUUCGCGAAAAAUGCAACGUGAUGACGCGAGACGGUAUCAUUCCGUCAUGUUUCGAGCUUGAACUUUCUUAGCUGUGAUUUAUUAGGAUGGAGAGAGAGAAAAAGUCUUGGAUUUUGACGAAAAUCGAUGAAAAAGUUUACACUUUGAGUGGGAGACUACCCAUGAAAAAUUUUGAGCCUUCUAUAGCCACACUAGGGGCUAAGGUAGAGAUUCUCAACAUAAUGGUAAUUUUUGAAAUAAAAGUGUUUUUAGCUAUUUGGGGGGGGGGGGUACUGUUAUACCUGUGAACCCCGAUCCACUCCCAUUUGAAUUUUUCUUCAUACCUCCACAAAUAUCAGUAGUGCUGCAAAAAGAGCUCCGAACAUUCUUUUAAUCCAUCUUCAUUUCACUCCGUUCAAUUCACAUGGUAUACUGAGGGUCCUGAGGGAGAGUGGGGCGAUUUUACCAUUAUACUUUGUCACUACGUUUUUUAAUCAACAUUUUUUAAUACUCACUAGUCAUUACCUAGAAAAUGGCUGAACCGAUUUCGAUGAAACUUAAAAUCUCACUAGGGCUGCAGGAUUCCUGCAAAGUUGGUGCUAAUACGACCCUCAAUUUUUGGUGUAUCAAUCAUAAACGAAUUGAUCAAUUUUUAAGAACCAUUCGCCAACGAAUCGAUCAGUUCUUUAAUUUAAGAAUCAAUUCGUUCGUGAAUGAUUCACCAAAAAUUGAGUAAAUAAAUCGAUUCGUUCGCGAACGAGCCACUUAUACGAACCAAUUUGUUCGCGAAUGAUUCACUAAAAAUUAUUCAAUUCGUUUGUGAAUGAUUCACCAAAAAUUGAGUAAAUGAAUCGAUUCGUUCGUGAAUGAGUCACUUAUACGAUACAAUUCGUUCGCGAAUGAUUCAUCAAGAAUUGAGUAAUGGAGUCGAUUCAUUCGCAAACGAGUCACUUAUACGAAUCGAUUCGUUCGCGAAUGAUUCACCUAGAAAUCAAUCAGUUUGUUCGAUCGCCAAUCGGUUGUGUUUGAUUCGAUUCGAUUCACUUCGCUUGAAAAGAGAUCAACUUCUAUACAAAUUUAUCAAAAAAAAAAGUGAAAUCAUUUAAAUAUGUUUCAUAUUUUAUCCUAAAAAUGUAUUUUUUGAAAUAAUUUUUAGCUGGUGAAAAGCGUGGGAAGUUUAUUAAAGUUUGAUUUUAGAUUCAAAGACAGCAUCAAUUAACGAAUGCAUAAUUUUUUUCAAGUCCAAGGACGAUAUUUUUUACAUUUUAAAUUACGUGUAUUUUUGAUCAACUGUCACACAACUUUUACGUUUAUGAAAUAUUUUUCGAAAUAUUGCGAUAUUAUUUGUUCAAAAGCCAAAAAAGUUUGCGGUAGGAAAAUGUGAAAAAAAUUCUCAAAAUAUGUAUCUGAAAUUUUUUUAAAAAAACAGAAAAUUUUCAAAUAUUCAUCGUGAAAAUAUUGAUUGAAAAAUACAACGAAAUCUGCUCAAAAGUUUCUGAAAAUAGGUAUAGAUAUGAUGAAAAUUAACAAAAAGAAGCUGUUCAAAAACCACAAAAACAUUCAAAUCAUCGUAAAACUUGUCAAAAGUUACCUCGAAGAACAUAGUUCCAAAUUGCGGAAAUGUUUGAAGAGCGUUACAAACACUGCUCAAAAACGAAUUUAAUUGGUUUAAAAUGUUUUGCCACAAUACUCAGGAUGUCCAACAAAUCCAAGAGUCAAAAUCAAAACUAAAGACCUUAAAAAUACCUAUAAAAUGACAUUUUAAAACUCAAAAAAGGACCAGUACUACCCCUUUCCCUCUCCCCUCUCCCAAAAAUUAUAUUAAUCACGAAAAAAAAUUUCAAAAGUUUUCGAUUUUUAAAUUCAUAGUUACCUUAUCGAGAAAAUAAAGAAACACAUCAAGAACACUUUUCAAAGGGAGCUCAAUUACUUUUUAUGAGGAAAAAAGUACCAUAAUUUUCAGUAACCCUUUUGUUCAAAAAAGCAACCCAAAUGAUAUGCUGCUCAAAAUUCGAGAAAAAAUUAUUUUUUCGCGUUUUUUUUUCUAAGAAUAGGGACUACUGGGCAAAAACAAGUCAUUUUCCUAAUCAGAGGGACGUGUUAGACACCCUGAUUAUAGAAGAAGAAAAAAUUACGGAGCAGGACAAGUGAUCAGAGGAUCUGCAUAGAUGACAGUAGGUCUAGGUACCCAAAAAAUGGUAAAAAAAACGUUUUUUUUCAAAACUGAUACGAAUUCGAGGACCCCUGACUCAGCACCCAGUGUAACUAGGGAGCUCAAAAUUUUUCUGUGUAUUCUCUCACUCAAAAUCAACUUCCUCAUCAAUUUCUGUCAAAAUCAAAGACGUUUUUUCCUUUCAAACCACCCUAAUGUAUGUAUUCUUUUUUUGUAAGUACUGAGAGUACAUUAGCAGAGUUUAUACCGGCACAGAUCUGAGUGGACUACCGGGAGAAAAAAUUCGAUUACAGUGUGUGAGAAGUAUAAAAAGACCUCCUAAUAUAGAUUUACUCGUUCGCAUUGAGCUUGAAAAGGGAUCGAAGCGAUGCCCAUGUUUGAAAAUUCUAAAAAAAAAGAAAAAAGAAAGAAACACCCUUCUCCUUUUCUCACAGACCAGAUAACUUGAAAAAGGAUCAAAUUAUUUUACCAAAUUAAAAAAAAAUCUACUCUUUGUAGCCGAUUCAACUCAAAUUGAAAAACUGUUCGAAUAGACUAAUUCAUUUAAUUUUAAAAAAAGAAUCGAUGAUUAUUUUCAAAAAGUUCGAUUCUGUGUCAACUCAUUUUCUACUUUUUCCCCACAUUAAAAAAAAAUUACCCAAUACGUGAUUGAAUUAGAAAACAAAUUCAAUGGUAAAUUAAACUACUAAAAAAAGGAGUUGGAAAGAAUCAAAAAGUGGUUCAAACUCCUUAAAAAAAAUAAAGAUAAACAAUUCAAAGAUCUUUCCUACUUAUUUUUGAAAGAAAUCUCAGAAUUAGAUUUGAAAAAAAAAACCUGCCCAACUCUGACAACCUCAUUAGACCUCGUUUCUAUCCCUCAUGCAAGCUCAACGUGCCCACGAGUGAAAUUUUUCAACGUCAAUUUUUUUUUCCAGCCGUUUCACGAGGCGAAUACAAAAAAAUACGAUAUCGUGAUUAACAUUCGAACAAUAACCAAAUAUGCGUGCAUUUAACUUACAGUUAUUGUUUCCGUUCGAUAUGGCCUGAUCUAUCGAAGAGCAGUACAAUUUUUUUGCCUCAAUAUUGUAUGAAAUAAUUGUACAUCGCUCAUUAAUUAUACCUAUUGUGAAUGCAUUUAUUCGUCUAUUCAUUUAUACGUGUUUAUAUUUAUAUUUUACUUGUUUUUAUUCAUUUGUUCGUACAUUCGUUUAAGGUAUUUAUUUUUUUUUUACUCAUCUUAUAUGUACCUAUACGUAAGUUUAAAAAUUAUACUAUUUAAGCGUUAUUCAAAAUGUACCCUAUACCUUGUUUUGUUGAUUACCUAUAAUUUGUAUUUGUUAUAGAAAAGGUAGAUAUUAUAAACUUUAUUCAUUUUGUUGAUUUACCAGUCUAUCCCUUAUAAUAUUUUUGAAUGCGAAUUCACAUUAUUAAAGUACUGAUUAGCUAAAGCUAUUAAAUUCCUGGAAGGUGAGGUGUAGGCGUUCAACUGAAUAAGUAGGUACUUUGAAUGUUACAGGGAAUAUCCAUUAUUUAAAAUGCUUAUUUGAUAAAAAUACUACCUAUUUUUUUAAAUGUAAUUAGCAUUUACUUUUUAUAUCUAAGGUACCAAUAAAAAAAAUUCUCGUUAUUUGAAAAGGAGCAAAGUCUGUUGUGUUUUUUGUCAACGAGGUAAAGAAAUAAUUUCAUUUUCAUGCGAGAGUAUAAUUAAUUUAUCCGUCGCUAUAAAUUGUUUUCAAUUGAAUUUUUAUUUUUGUGUGUUUUUCUAUACAUUUUUUUUUUCAUUUGUACGUUUUAAUUUUUGUACAAUAUUUAUUCGUAAUUUUGUAUCGAUGGCUGUGUUUGUAUAAUAAGCACUUUUUACGUGAAAGUUUGUUAUGUUAUUUCUCGAGUGUGUGGUUUCUUCUCGUAGGUUUAGUAUUAUUUAAUUAUAAUGUUAAUUUGUACCUACUGCCAUAAGAAAAUAAUUGUACAACCUGAAUUGCAUUUGCUAACUACUACGUACAAAGUAUUAUAACAGGUAUCUAAUGGAAAGACGUAUGCGAAAGAAAAAAAAAAGCUGGAAAAAAUUUUAGUCUUCGUAAAGCAUAGGUUGUUUUAAAUUUCUUAUAAUACGAAUGUGUAUUGUUUGGUUUACCUACGUAUUUGUUCCAUUCACAAGGGGUACAUCUUCUUAAUGCUAAGCUAUGAGCCUUUAUUCGCUUAAACGCCUAAAAAAAUAUUAUUUUAUACUUAAUAGUUCGUUAAGUGAGAUGUUUACAGUAAACAUUUUAAUUUAAAUUAUUUAUUUUCAUAAUAUUGUUGACAAUUUGUUUGAAAAUACAUGAAUUUCAAAACUUAAAACUGUA